AUGGACGGUCGAGAUCUCAAUGUUGGCUCAUCGCCAGCGAUAUUCAAUCCAUUCCGAUACCUUCUCAACUCUCCCGACGAAGAAGACCCAAGAAUCGACUACCUUAAGCGCGUAGGACACGGAUCAGACGAAUGGCACAUCCAACAAAACAAACACAAGAACUUCCAGCUCUUCCCAAAAUUCCCAACCGAGCUCAAGCUGAGGGUCCUUCACUUCUCUAUGCCCGGUCCUUGUCUCAUCCGAAUCAGAUCUAAAUAUCGUACCGUUGAUAGGAAAAAGGUCUGA